AUGGUUGCGAAAUCGGUGUCUUCGGAUCGGGAAAGCUGGGAUAAAAUCUUCAAAACUCUGGUCAAGAUUCUACAGACGAAACAGGACGAGGUCGAAUCCCUUCUCAAAGACAGGAAAAUUAUCGAAGAUAAGCUCAAGACUAAGCACCAAAACUGGAUCUCUGAUGUUCGGGAUUACGAAGAACAACUCUCUCUGAUGAAUCGAGAAAUUGAAACGAUGAAGAUGAUGCAGCUUGUUGAGACCUCGAAAUUCAGUCUCUUGUCUGGGUUAAAGGAAAGCGACCGUUCUCUCUGCAAUUUGAAAUUAGAACAAACGGUGGACGAGUUAAAUGACUUCAAGGCUUGGUUUGAUUUCCUCACACUGAAUAACACUAAUAAGGAAAGUGGCGACUUAGAAGCUGCGGAUAAUGAAUCAAUGGAAGCAAAAAUCAUUAAACUGAAACUCGAGUAUGAGAAGCUUGCUUCCGAGAAGCAAUGCGAGGUCUCUGAUCUUUUACGAGAGAACGGGUUUGCUUGGAGUCAAUUCAAAUGCACGGAAAGUGGAUUCACUGAUAAGUUAAAGAAGAAAGACGACGAGAUCGCUCAAGCAAACACCAAAAUUUCGAGUCUUUUAUCUUAUCAAGAGGAGCUUCAGUCAACUAAUCAGGAGAAGGAUGAUAUCAUCUCAAGAUUAAAGGCUAAGGUUGCUGAGAUGGAGACGAAUUCUGCCAAGAAAGAUGAGGAGAUCUUGAAGCUCUCGCGGGAUCUAGAGUCGUUGAAGAAGACUCGUAGCUUUACACCGGUUUUAACUCGAUGCACAACGACACGUGACAAAGGUAGCAAUGUUAACACUCAUAUAACUACUAAGAAAGAGAAGUCUGCUACAUCAACACCAAAUGAAAAGGACAUUAAAAGCUCGAAGAGGAAAAGAGCGAACAAGACACCAGUCUCAGUUUCAGAAGUCCCAAAGCUGUUCACUUCAACAUUUAGAGUUCCCAAGUUAAAGCCUUCUUCUUCUGAAGACCAAUAG